AAAUCCCUGGUGGCGAGUCUCGUGCCCACAGGGGCGCUUCGCGCUCUCCUUAUAUAGGAGCGCGUGGCGCCUCCUCUUUUCUCAUCCACCGAGAGCAGUCGGCGUGUGCAGUUGUAAUCCAUCCAGAGUAAUUCACUUGCGUUGGGAAGGCGGACCAAUAAGGGCGUGAACGCACACAAAAGAGGCUUGGAUAACAGAAAAGGCACCAGACGGGACCAGCGCAGAGACGAGGGUCACCACUGCUCGGUUUUCAUCACUUUAACCACACCGGAUUCAACCAACGGCAUACAUCAAGAUGAGCAACCUGAGACCGUCCGAACCGGGACCGUUAGAGGAGAUGAUGCGGAUGAUGGUGAUGAUGCACGAGGCGCUCACGGGCAGCGAUGCUCGCCGUUACGGUUCCCCGGUGGCUUGUGUAGAAUGAGAGUUUGGGUCAGUGCGCAGAGAUGUCCGUGCCUUUGCUGAAGAUCGGUGUGGUGCUCAGCACCAUGGCCAUGAUCACCAACUGGAUGUCCCAGACUCUGCCAUCACUGGUGGGGCUCAACACCACCAAACUGACCGCGGCGCAGGGCGGCUAUCCGGACCGGAGUAUAGGAGUUUUACCCGCCAACCCAGAGGAGUCCUGGCAGGUGUACAGCUCGGCUCAGGACAGCGAGGGCAGGUGUGUGUGUACGGUCGUUGCACCUCAGCAGACCAUGUGCUCGAGAGACGCCCGCACCAAACAGCUCCGCCAGCUACUGGAGAAGGUGCAAAACAUGACGCAAUCAAUCCAAGUAUUGGACCAGCGGACCCAGAGGGACCUGCAGUACGUGGUGAAGAUGGAAGAUCAACUCCGAGGCCUGGAGACCAAAUUCAAACAGGUGGAAGAGAACCACAAACAAAACAUCGCCAAGCAAUACAAGGCCAUAAAGGCAAAAAUGGCGGAGCUGCGUCCGCUAAUCCCCGUACUCGAGGAGUACAAAGCUGAUGCCCGGCUGGUUCAGCAGUUUAAAGAGGAGGUGCAGAAUUUGACGGCCAGCCUCGGCCUCCUCCAGCAGGAGAUGGGAGCCUACGACUACGAUGACCUGCACUCCCGCGUGGUUAGUCUCGAGGAGCGGCUACGCGCAUGCAUGCAGAAGCUCGCUUGUGGUAAGCUGACCGGCAUUAGUGACGCAAUCACUAUUAAAACAUCCGGGUCUCGGUUCGGAUCCUGGAUGACGGACCCCCUCGCUCCUGAGGGAGACACUAGGGUGUGGUACAUGGACGGUUACCAUAACAACCGCUUUGUACGGGAGUACAAGUCUUUGGCGGACUUCAUGACGUCAGAUAACUUCACGUCUCACCGGCUCCCGCACCCUUGGUCCGGGACGGGUCAGGUGGUCUACAACGGCUCUAUCUAUUUUAACAAGUUCCAGAGUAACAUGAUCAUCAAGUUUGACUUCAAGACCUCCACCAUUAGUAAGUCUCAACGUCUGGACAACGCAGGCUACAGCAACACCUACCAUUACGCCUGGGGAGGACACUCCGACAUCGACCUCAUGGUGGACGAGGGCGGGCUCUGGGCCGUGUACGCCACCAAUCAGAACGCGGGGAACAUCGUCAUCAGCAAGCUCCACCCGCUGACCCUGCACAUCAUCCAGAGCUGGACAACCAAUCACCCGAGGCGCAGUGCCGGGGAGUCGUUUAUGAUUUGCGGGACGCUGUACGUGACCAACGGCUACUCGGGAGGGACGAAAGUCUACUAUGCCUACCACACCAACUCCUCAACGUACGAGUACAUCGAUAUCGUUCUGCAGAAUAAGUACUCGCAUAUAUCCAUGCUGGACUAUAACCCACGAGAUCGUGCACUAUACGCCUGGAAUAACGGACAUCAGGUCCUCUACAACGUUACUCUUUUCCACGUCAUCCGCUCGGAGCAGCUGUAACCAUGGAGGAUUUAGUUUGGAGAAUCUGAAAGGAACAUAAAACUGAACCUAAGACAAUCCUUUGGAAUGUUCUUCAACAGUUACAACACUGCAAAAAAAAUGAUGUUCUUCCUCAGUAUUUUUGUCUCGUUUGCCAGUAUAAAUAUCUAAACACUCUUAAAUCAAAACAUAUUUACUGGAGAUGCAAAAUGAAUGCAACAUGAAUUCAAAAUUAAAUAUUCGGCAUGACGCAAGGAAUCCAUAGACGCCAUGAUUUUCUGACAAACUCUUCAAAAGUUAUGAGCAAAAAUAUCCAAUUUUUUUAGAUCUGUAGGUGGCGCUGUUCCCAAAUUUGGCAUGGACCCUCAGAUCAAGGAUCCGAUGAAGUGUACCAAUUUUCAUUUCGAUUGCUCAAAGUUUGCCUGAGAUACAGACUCUGAACCAAUUUCGAACUCGUUGAGUAAGCAACAUCGUUACUUUUGAACAAAGAUGAAUAAAAAAAUCUGUUCAGUCAUUCAUACAGAAGAAGAAGAAUAAUACUGAGUAAAGAAAACAAGACUUCUUCUUUUGUGUCAUUUUGCAUCUGAAGUAAAAGUAUCUUGACAUAAGAAUGUUUAGAUAUUUGAACACAAAACAAGACAAAAAUACCAAGUAAGAAUAUAUUUUUUUGCAGUGAAAAAAUGCUAUGCUGAAUGAAAACUGAACCAUUUAAAGAACAAUAGACAUGUGAAUGGAAAAUAAAAAACAAAAUAAUGAACAGAUGCCAAAAAAAUGAAAUAAAUAAAGCCACGCCUUUCUUUUUUUACACACACAAAAUAAAAACUUUUCUUUCUAGGACACUGGUCAGAGGUUUUCCAGUAGCACUAAAAAGACAUUUGUCCAUGCUUUUCUGCACACUGAAAUAUGGAGAACAUUGGGAUUAUCAACGGAAUAGUAGCCCAUGUGGACUACUCAAACCUUUCCUCAUAAACAGAGUGUGUGCAGGAAAACCGAUGGUGCUUCACUCGGCAAACUAACUCGGUCAGCUACCAGUCUGUGCAAUAUCAUAAGUCCAACUUGUGUGCUUUGCAGAGUUCAUUUCUUUAGAUAAUUCAGAAAAAAACAUGAUUGGCUGAAGGCGCUGACUGUUGAAAGCUCUGUUGUCGUUCAAAGGACUCUCGUGAGAUUUUACUUGAACUUCUCUGCGAUCAAGUUCCCUAAAUGUGGACCAUAUCAUGAUAUUUUAUAAUGACCUACAUGUAUGUAGCACCUGAGAACAGACCAAAGCGUGCUAUUAAAGUCAACAUGAACUCAAAAUUCACCCUCUUUACUGUCUUAUCACGCUUUCUUAACCCUCUGGAGUCUGAGGGGGAUUUCUGACAUGCCUUGACAUUUGUGCUUAUUUCAGUUACUUAUAACAUUUUAAUGGCUAAAGUCUGUAUUCAGCACAAACUCUGCUACAAUAAUAGCAUGUAUGUAAAAGUUUGUCUUUUUGAGAAAAUGACAUUUAAGCGUGGUUAGUGAAAAAACUAUUUUUAAAGUCACUGAAAUAAGCACAAUUGUUGUACCUUUUAUCAAAAAAUCUCUAAAACAACCUUCCUUUUCGGAUGACAUCACCAAGAACUCUUAUUUUUCACCCCCUCCCCCCAAUUGUCCAUUUUUUUGGGAUAAAAAUCAAGUCUCGUCCUGCAUUUUUUUUUCCAAUGAAUAUCCUGUUAAUCACAGAAACGCAUCACGUCAGUAAAAUGGGUUGCGAACAUCAUUUCAUGUUGACUUUAAACCUCCUCUGGUGAGAACAUCACCAUUCAGGCUACCGAUACACACUUUGUUGUGCUUGUAAAUGGAUGUCAGCUACAUCUGCAUCAUGGUUGCUAUAAUUCACCAACUCCAUGUAACAGAUGUGCAGUUUUUACUAGCAGAUGGUUCAGGUACAAUCUUACUCCGAAUUAGUCUCUGUGCUGGUGAAUUCUUGUAAAAUGAUUUCUUUAGUUUUGCAUGAGCAGUUUCUACAUGCCCAGAUGUGCUUAAAGGAAUGUUUACCUAUAUGAUGGGUUGGGGUUGGUUAUAAUCUUUAGAAACCUGGGAAUUAAAAAAAAAAAAAAAUGCUUGUUUCUAUCUGGUUUGUUUCGAGUGGCUUGUUUCUUAACACCCAUUCUUGAUUUUUGUAGAUUUACAGUUUGAUGUUUUUUGUAAUAUAGUACCGUCUGCUUGGGUGAUGCUUCAGUGUCUUUGUUUUAGUUUAAAGGUGUUAGAAAGCCACAUUUCUGUCACAAAAACUCAAAAAAGAUCGAUAUCAGAAUGUAAGAUGUCACUUUAGAAGACAUCUAAAAUAUGAAUAUGAAACUAUGACGUCAUUGAGCAGUCUAUUAUGUAAUGUAAACAUUUGAACAAGGUCUUAUAAAGAAUUCGCUGAACCUAAUUCCAGUUUUCUUUAUGCGCUUAGCUGGAUGUGUGUUGUACCCACAAUACGAUGAUUCUUAUCAAUAAAAGAGGAUUUAUAUCCUGAUGUCAUUCUG